GAAAAACAGCCGCUGGAGAGGAGGACCAGGGGAACUACAAUACCCACAAGGCUCCGCGCCUUCCUCUGCCUCCCAAUUGACUUGGGCUCUGGAGCAGAUCAUUGGUUCUCUGAGGGCGGCCUGGCGAGGAUUGGAAGGCGGGAGCAGUGCUAGUUUAAGAUUGGCGAAACUACUGCCAGCCCCGCCUUAAAAACCCGGAAGCAAUCCCCCACAUGCCCUCGUGUAGUGGUGUAGCCGAAAAACGCGAGUUUGGAGGCGUGGAGGGGUGGUCCGAGGGCUACGCACCGACUUCCCAGAUUCGCCGCUCUCAUUAAAUGACUCUGACUUACUGAGGGCUGCUUUUAAGGACGCGGGGCCUGAAGUUGGCCGAGGGAGUUCCCCGCUGCUUCCCGCCACCCAAGCAGUGCCUCAUGGAGUCUACGUUCAGCAGCCCCGCUGAGGCAGCGCUGCAGCGAGAGGCGGGCUCCCCGGGGCAGCUCACUCCUCCAGAGGACCUGCACCGCGUGUACGAGCUGGAGAGAGUCGCUGAAUUUGUCCGUGACCUGGGAUGUCAGCGGGUGGCCUUGCAGUUCCCUGACCAGCUAUUGGGAGAUGCUGGGGCCGUGGCUGCACGACUGGAGGGGACCACAGGGUCGAAGAUGUUCAUUCUGGGCGACACGGCCUAUGGCAGCUGCUGUGUGGAUGUACUGGGUGCUGAACAAGCUGGAGCUCAGGCCCUUGUACAUUUUGGCCCUGCCUGCUUAAGCCCUCCAGCCCGCCCACUGCCUGUGGCCUUUGUCCUUGGUCAACGUUCUGUGCAGUUGGAGCUCUGUGCCAAGGCCUUUGAGGCCCAGAACCCAGACGGCAAAGCGCCUGUGGUGCUGCUAAGUGAGCCGGCCUGUGCCCACGCCUUAGAGGCCUUGGCCACUCUCCUGCGCCCGCGGUACCUGGACCUGCUUGUCUCCAGCCCAGCUCUUCCAUUGCCAGUGGGCUCCUGUAGUCCAGAGCCUGAGCCCCUGGAGCGUUUUGGGCGCCGCUUCCCCCUGGCUCCAGGGAGGUGUCUGGAAGAAUAUGGUGCCUUCUAUGUGGGGGGCUCUGCAGCCAGUGCUGACCUUGAUCUUGACCCAGACCUGAGCCGGCUGCUCUUGGGCUGGGCACCAGGGCAGCCCUUCUUCACCUGCUGCCCAGAUACAGGGCAGACUCAGGAUGAAGGUGUCCGGGCUGGGCGGCUAAAGGCACGUAGACACUAUCUGGUAGAGAGGGCCAAAGAUGCCCGUGUGGUAGGGCUGUUGGCAGGGACACUGGGUGUGGCCCAACACCGUGAGGCACUGGCACACUUGCGGAACCUGGCUCAGGCUGCAGGCAAGCGUAGCUAUGUGUUGGCCCUGGGGCGGCCCACACCUCCCAAGCUCGCCAACUUCCCUGAAGUGGAUGUCUUUGUGCUGUUGGCUUGCCCUCUUGGUGCUUUAGCUCCACAGCCUUCUGGUGGCUUCUUCCGGCCUGUGUUGGCACCAUGUGAGCUGGAAGCUGCCUGCAACCCUGCCUGGCCACCUGCAGGCCUGGCUCCCCACCUCACACAUUAUGCGGAUUUAUUGCCUGGUUCUCCCUUCCACGUGCCCCUCCCACCCCCUGACUCAGAACUGUGGGACACCCCAGAUGUGUCCCUCAUUACUGGGGAACUCCGACCCCCACCUGUGUGGAAGCCAUCAGAUGAUCCUGGGUGUUUGGCCCUGACCUUGCGGCCCCAGCUAGAGCUGGCUGAGAGCAGCCCUGCAGUCCCCUCUCUCUACAGCCUUGUACCUUAGUUCCCGGAGCUGGCAAGGGUUGCAGCCCCGUUUGGGUCAGACACCGGUGACAGGAGCUGUGAGUGGAAGACGAGGGAUUGCCAUCGCCUACGAGGAUGAGGGAAGCAGCUGAUACCAUCUGGCCCAGAGACACAGAUGGACUUAAGAAUUGCUGCAAAGACCUUUAAUGCUCCCUGCAUCCGCCUUCUUUGCCAGAAUCCUUGAAGGAGCCUGGAUUCAGGGAAGGGUGGACAGCCCCUCACCGAGGAAGGGAAUCCUGCUCUGUCCCUGUCCUGCCCCUGGCACAAGGCUUAGCAUAUAGUGACUUGAUAAAUACCUGUUGGACUGAUGGAACUGAUUUGGGGCUUUCCUGAAGUCUUACGGGCCCAUCUGUCCUCCUGGGAACAGCCCAGGACCUCUGGCCAGUCCCAGUUUCUGAUGUGCAAUUGAGGGUUUGCCCUUGUCAAAGGUCCUAGAUAGUCUAGACCAGGGUUUCCUAACUUUGGUACCAUUGACGUUUUGGACCAGAUAAUUCUUUGCUGUGGGGGGGCUAUUCUGUGCACUAUAGUACGUUUAGCAUCGUCUCUGGCUUCUGCCCACCCACUUGAUGCCACCAACAUACCCAAUUGUGGUAACCAAAAAUGCCUCCAGACAUUGACAGGUGUCUGCUGUAGGGGCAAAACUGUCCCUAGUUGAGAACCACUGGUGUAGACCUGUGUUGUCUGACAAAGUAACCACUAGACACCCAUGGCUAUUAAACGUGAAUUUGAAUUACUUAAAAUUAAAAAUUUCUCAGGGUGCCUGGCUGGCUCAGCUGGAAAAGUGUGCAGCUCUUGAUCAUGAGUUCAACAUGGUGGAUCAACAGAUUACUAAAAAAGUUAACUUUAAGAAUAAAAAAUAAAAACUCCAUUUCUCAGUCACACUAGUCACAUUUCAAUGGUCAUUUAGCCACAGGAGAGGACAAUGCAGCUAUAGGACGUUUCCAUUAUUUCAGAAGCUUCUGUUGGACAAUGCUAGUCUAUACUGAUUCCUAUUUUGUUUCUCACAGGAGAUCACAGAAACUUGAAUAAACUGGAUACUUUUUCU